GCUCAUCAGUCUUCCAGUUAACUAGCAAUACCUCCAAGCUAGCUCGAAGAACUUUGUGAACAGUUUCCAUGGCGGACGAGGUUGUUCUAUUGGACUUGUAUGUGAGCAUGUUUGGGAUGAGGGUCAGGGUAGCUCUGGCCGAGAAGGGAAUCAAGUAUGAGUACAGUGAACAAGACCUGAGGAACAAGAGCGAACUGCUUCUUAAGAUGAACCCGGUCCACAAGAAGAUCCCUGUUCUCAUCCAUAAUGGCAAACCCGUCUGUGAAUCCCUCAUCAUUGUGCAGUAUAUUGAUGAGGUAUGGAAGGAUAAGGCUCCUCUGCUUCCCUCUGAUCCUUACCAGAGAGCCCAGGCCAGAUUCUGGGCCGAUUUUAUUGAUAAGAAGUUAUAUGAUGCAGGGAGGAAGAUAUGGACUACGAAAGGAGAGGAGCAGGAGGCAGCAAAGAAGGAAUUUAUUGAUAUCCUGAAGGUGUUGGAAGGAGAACUUGGAGACAAGCCUUACUUUAUGGGUGAGAGAUUUGGGUUCCUGGACAUUGCUCUUAUCACAUUCUACAGCUGGUUUCAUGCUUACGAGACACUUGGAAGCUUCAGCAUAGAGGCCGAGUGCCCAAAGCUGAUUUCAUGGGCCAAGAGAUGCAUGCAGAAGGAGAGUGUUUCCAAAUCUCUUGCUGACCCGAAAAAGGUGUGUGAAUUUCUUGUUGAGAUGAAGAAGAGGCUUGGUGUGGAAUAGUGGAAUAAGAAAGUCCUGAAAUGAACUUAUUCGUUGUCCUAGUCUUCAAACUUAUCUGGCGAGGUAUUCUGGUGAGAGAUACUAUGGUAAUGUGUACUGAUUGUUAUGACUUAUGAGUCGUAUGGACGAGUAAUUAUGUAUCCUAACAAUAACGCAGACACUUUGAUGUGUCUGCCCAUUGUUGAUAUAUAAAAGGAUUAUGUGCUAAAUAGUUUGCAGAUUAAGAAUUUUCUCUCAAGAAGAGGUGUGUAUUUCGGUCUUUGAUUCUGCUGCAGCUCCUCCAUCAAGCCUGUGAUCAUGUUUGGUGCUCUGCUGCUUUCUUCUGUUUCAUGUCUCUUUCGUGUUUGUUGUAGCAUCUUUGUCUCUUGUUGUAGCAUCUUUGUCAAAGAGACGAAAUACGGAAAGUAAGCAUUUUAAUUUCGAAAAUCUCAUUUGAUAA